AAUUUCUCCGUCAGUACUGUCCUGUCACCGCCGAGUUGUCCUGAGAUGGCUCCAUGGCAUCACAUUGAGCAACGGAGAACUACAAAGUUCAUAAAUACUCCCUCUGUUGGUCGUGGGAGAUUCAGGAAAACGGAAGCAAAUGACUACUGUUCUUUUCAUUAAGUUACUUCAUUGCUUGAACCAUUGUGGAGAGGGAGCAAGGACAUGGGGCAAGAACUUGAGUUUAUGACAGUUGGAGCUAACGUUAGCACUAACAUUAGUUAUCGUUAGUUAGACUAGCUGCGUCAGACCACAAUCUCAUUUUUUUCUACGGAUAGAGCUAGCUCGCUAACCAGCCAUCUGGGCAGUUUUUAUACAGAGCAAGCAACUGAAUCAUAAUGGCUUUAAUUUUGUUUACGAGAUCUCGGGCUCCAUUAAUGAAAACGUCAAGGUCCUUAAAAAACGAAUUCAGAAAAGGGAAGUUCACAGAAGGUGCCUGUAUUAACUGCACAUCUCUUCGGUUAUCCUCUCACAGUCCCGAUGUCCUCCGAGGUGGCCCUGCGUCUCUGGCCUCGUCCUGCAGCCCUGACCCUUUCUCCGCGUGGAUAUCGACGCGAGACAGCUACUCCCAGCGCUCCGAGCGUCUCUACUGUGCCGUCCUCGUUGCCAACCCUCCGCUGCCGCCGCCGCACGGGGCAGCGUGUGUCCGCUCGCGGCUUGCGCACACACACGGGCGCCAGAACCCUGUGCGGUGGGUGCACACGAGCGCCCGUCGGUGCGACGACUCGAAGGUCGAGCGCUCGCUCAAGUCGCUGAAGGACAAGAACAAGAAGUUGGAAGAGGGCGGGCCGGUCUACUCGCCCACGGUGGACGCGCAGAUCCAGCGGCGGUCGCUGGGCCAGCGGGUGCUCGACGAGGUCAAGCACUAUUACCACGGCUUCCGCCUCUUGUGGAUCGACACGACGAUCGCCGGACGCAUGUUGUGGAGGGUGCUGAAUGGACAUGGGCUCUCCCGGCGAGAGCGGAGACAGUUCCUGCGGACGUGUGCAGAUGUGUUCCGACUCCUCCCCUUCCUGGUGUUCAUCAUCGUUCCCUUCAUGGAGUUUCUGCUGCCCGUGGCGCUCAAGCUCUUCCCCAACAUGCUGCCGUCCACCUUUGAGACACAGUCCAAGAAGGAAGAGCGGUUAAAGAAAGAGCUGCGAGUAAAGUUGGAGAUGGCCAAGUUCUUGCAGGACACCGUAGAGGAGAUCGCCCUCCGCAACAAAGCAUUCAAAGGCAACGUCACCGAGGAGUUCUCCACGUUUUUCCAGAAGAUCCGUGACUCUGGCGAGCGCCCCAGUAACGAGCAGAUUAUCCGCUUCUCGAAGCUGUUUGAGGACGAGCUGACGCUGGACAACCUGACGCGGCCCCAGCUGGUGGCGCUGUGCAGGCUGCUGGAGCUGCAGUCCAUCGGCACCAAUAACUUCCUGCGCUUCCAGCUCAUCAUGAAACUCCGCGCCAUACGCACCGACGAUAAGCUGAUAGCAGAGGAGGGAGUGGACAGUCUGAACGUGAAUGAAGUGCAGGCCGCCUGUCGCGUCAGAGGAAUGAGGGCACUGGGAGUGACAGAAGAUCGCCUGAGAGAACAACUCCAACAGUGGCUGGAGCUGCACUUGGAUCAGCAGAUCCCCACAUCUCUACUGCUGCUUUCUAGAGCCAUGUACCUGCCGGACACACUCUCACCUGCAGACCAACUCAAGACCACACUACAGAUCCUGCCAGAAAUAGUGGCGAAGGAGGCCCAGGUAAAGGUGGCAGAGCUGGACUUCUCCAAAGUGGACAACAAGACUAAGCUGGAGACCACUCUUCAGGAGGAGCGGGCCAUCCGCGAGGAGAACCGCGAGAGGGAGAUGGAGAGGCUGGCCGACGCCGCCGAGAAAGCUGCACGGGAGGGUGACCUGGAAGCAGAGGUUGCUAGGCGACAACAGUUGGAUGUGGAGCAUUCUCUGACCAGCGUUGAUCAAGCCAUCCACUCGGAAACACUCAAAGACACUGCACCCGCCCUGGAGGGCAUCAAGUUUGAACAGUGGCAGAAGUAUCUGCGCAUUCAGGGAGAGGAGAUCACUAAGGAGGAGAUUGACACGCUGAGCGACGCCUGCACCAAACUCAAGGAGCAGAAGAAGCUGCUGACCAAAGAGAAGGAGGAGCUGGAGGACCUCAAGGAGGACGUGGAGGAGUACAACGAGGACCUUGAGGAGAUCCGUAAGGAGCUGUCCAAGACGGGUCAGGAGCGCGUCGUGGAGGAGUCCAAAGCCAGCCAGCGCCUGGCCCGACGGGUCAACCGCAUGAUCGGCCGCAUUGGCAAGAUCAUCGGUGAACUGGAGAAGGACAAGGUGGUGCUGGACAACCAGAUGGACAGUGGGACCAUCCCCCCAAUCGGAUUAUUCUUUCAUUGGUCUGGAGGCUGUCAGAGGGAGAACCUGAUCAGCAUCGCCGAGCUCAUCGCCAUCAUGCGGCAGAUACAGAACAUUCCGGAGCAGAAGCUGCUGAGAAUCGCCGAUGCACUCGACGAGAACAAGGAUGGAAAGAUCGACAUUGAUGAUGUCAUCAAGGUGGUGGAGCUGAUCGAUAAGGAGGACAUCGACAUCUCCACGGACCAGGUGGCUGAGAUCAUGGUGAUGCUGCAGAAGGAGGAGAAGCUGGUGAAGCGGGAGAAGGCCAAGGAGAAGGCCGAGAAGGAGCAGGCCGCCGAACUGCAGAACUGAGGCUGGCCCUGGUGAGCCCCGGCUCAGGGAGAGGUCUGCUGCAGAUCCCCCCCCCUUUCAGCCGUCACCACCAUCCACCAGAGUACCAUCCUGUUCAGGCCCACCACCUCGACAGCAAACGUCACCGCCGUCAAGCACAGCCAACCACAGAGUCUGAAUGGAUGCAUUCUUUCUGAUCUUGUUUGUAAACCUGCCCCAAGAGUCAGAGAGACAGAGAGAGAAAGAAAAAAAAAAGUUAUAUGAAGUAAUAGGAACAAUCUGUUUUUCCUUUGCUUCAUAGAGUUUGAGACUUACAUUUUCCCUGGAAGUAAAAAAAAAAAAAAGCCUAACAAAAAAAACGCACAAAUUAGGAACAGAACUUUGUUCUUCUAAGCCAGAAUAGGCUAUUUUGCAAUUGUGUUUAAUUGAAAAAAAAAAAGAUUGAUUAUUUAUUGUAACAAAAAGGUCAUUUAAUUUUGUUUUGCUUCUACUCUGAUAUGCACCUUUGCUAACUAGAACAACAGAACCAAACAAAAAUAUUUACAAAGAUAAUUACAAUAAUUUCUUCUGGACUUGGGACUCCAAGGUGAGUCUUAAAUACCCUUUGCCACCCUGCAGUAUAUCAUUUUCCCCGAGGAGAGGAGAGGAAAGAUGGAGACCAUCUCUAAUGCACUUUUGCACAGAAAUCACACCAUCAUUCACCAUUCCACUCUUCUCUGUUUAUUUGACUGUUCUCCAUUUUUUUUGUUUUUAGUUUCCUGUUCUUAUUUCUGGGUCACUAACUAAUCAUAACAUCAGGCACCAUUCUUGAAUGUACAGUUAAUGUUGAGGGGACAGCAUACUGAUGUAUGCUAAAGUGUUAAUCAAUUAACCAAAGAGAUAAGAGUUUUUGUAAGUUUUUGUGUGAUUAUAAAAUUACACACAAAUGGCUCGAUUAUGCCAAAGUGGGGCAAGGGACUGUUCGGCUACGCGCCUGAAGAGGAGGCUGGUGAAGCUUUAGGUGUAGACCGUUACUGACUGACUGGCUGUCAGACUGACUUGUUGAUUGAUUUGGUUCAUCGAAUCAAUUCAUUAAAAAAAAAAAAAAAAAAUCAUACCUGAGGCUUGUUACCUCUGAGCUUUUAACAUGUGUUGGUUUUGGCCAAUGUGUAUGAUGUGGCCUUUAAUAGAACUGCAGAUGUAGACAUGCACCCACAUCCACAUAUAGUCUCUCUCUAAUACACACACACUCACUCACUCACUCACUCACUCACUCACUCAAUGGUAUUUAGAUCAGAGUGAAUUCAGUUCUACAUACACCCAUGCUGCUCAUAUACGAGUCUUGCUUACACUUACACUCUCUCUUCCUCUUUCGUACUCUAUCUCAAUCUUUCUCACACACACACACACACACACACACACACACACACACACACACACUGACCUUCCUGUGACCCAUCGCAGACGGCAGAGACGCCUAGUUUAAGGGUUUGGGUGGAUUUCAACUGAACACACCCUUGUGUGGCUACCAGGAAAGGGUGUGUGGGUGUGUGUGAGCGCUCAUGCACUCCAGGCAAGCGCCUUGGAUAAACGAGGUGUGCAGGGACGAUAUCAACUUUAAGCCGUCCCUGGAAUCUCAGUGUUUUGACGUUCAGGACAGAGAGUUUGUGUUUUGAAGUGUAGGACUCAGUGUGUGUGUGUGUGUGUGUUUCUUUCUGUCUUAGCCCAGACGGGUAAGGGUAGGCUGGGUACAGUCAGCUUGAUGGCAGAGAGAGAAACACUGGCCCUGCAUGCAGACACACGCGCACGCACACACACACACACACACACACACACACGCGCGCGCGCGCUAGUGUGUGUGUUUGGAGUGUGAACUCAGUGACGCAGAGGCACAGGGUACAGGAGUCUCGGCAUACAUCAUCUCCAACAUUAAACAUGCCAGCAGGAGACUCCACUCUGCCCCUGACCAGAACCCUAUACACACUGUCCCCGAACUGACACCACGUCUGCUCUCUGUUAGUGUGUGUGUGUGUGUGUUUGUGAGAGGGGCAGAUGGGGAGAACGAGGGAAGUGAGAGUAUUUGAAGAAGUACAUAAAAAGAAAGACUUUUGAUUACGGAAAAAGAAAUGCUAAUGUGUAUGUUUUGUGCUUGUGUGAUCGGUACUGCCAUGUAGGCCUUCUUCAUCUGCAAUGCAAUAAUGAGUUGCUCUGUAUCCUGGUGUCUAUACUGGCAAGGCUUGACUGACGCAUCACUCAUUCUUAUUGUCUAAUUGCACUAGAGUCUUGUAGAGCUUCGCUGAGGAUGUCUUGAUGUUGACUCAGGUAAUUACUGUAAAACCCUGAAGGGUAGCUUAGGUUGUGGUGGUGGUGGAGGGAAGGGGGGGUCACAUUCAAAUGUAACGAGGAGAAGGCAAAGACGACAACAUAUUUUUUAUACAGUUCAUCAAAGACAAAUAUCUCACAAAAACACAUACAUUGUGCACAGGUUUGGUCGACCUGUUAAUUGACAGACUUGUCAUUGAAACAGCUCAGUGCAUUCAUGCUAAAGAAGCGCUAGCUAGACCACUUAAGGUUCCUUCUUAAGGAACAUGAACUCCAACUUUCCUUUGGGGAAGAGGCCAUUUUUUGGCAGUCUGUUAAAACAGAACCCCCUAUCUCAGUAUGUUUCAAAGCAGUGCAGAAUGCCUACUUCAUCUAGAAGAUGGACUGUCAAGAAAGCACUGCAUGCAUGUAUAGUCAGACAGACAGCGCCUCUUCCGUGCCAUGAAGAAGUUAUUAAAAACGCCAAUAAAAUUCAGCCUUAGUGGCUGGCUUGGUAUCUGCAGCAAUAACACUUGAUGUGUGUAUAAUAAAUAUAUAUAUAUAUAUAUAACACAGAAGAGUCCAGAGUGAGUGAGUAUACUCGGGUCCAACAGUUGAAGUGUGAAGUAGCUUUUUUGCCCUCUCCGGUGUAAGGUGUUGAGGCAGAAUACCUCACCUUGGGUACACAGGUGACCCAGUGGUGCUGUGAAAUGCAUUUCAGAAUACCUCACGUUGGGUACACAGGUGACCCAGUGGUGCUGUGAAAUGCAUUUCAGGUUGCCUGUUUCUGUUACCACGCUUUGGAAACUUGAUCAUCUCACCUGUUGUGCAACUCUGAUACAAAUUGCUUUCAGCAGGUGUAAGGGACUGUUUAGGACAGAGAAUGUGUUGAUUUUGAUGUUCACAUGACAAUAUUGUCAGUUAGGUGCAUAUGGGCUUGUGUGUGUGUGUGUGUGUGUGAGGUGAGAGAGGGAGAGAGGAUGCACACUUACACGACUCCAGCUCAGAUUUUCAGGACCGCUUAGUGGCACAUCAUCCAGCUAAUGUGUGUCCAUUGUUUCCGCACUCAGUGUCACCUUUAGCAGCUUCUUGUGUAAAUGCACUAAUGGGAGAGUGUUUGGUGCGAGACAGAGAGAGAGUGUGUGUGUGUGUGUGUGUGUGUUGGGGGGAGCUAUAAAGCUUGUUGCAGCUGUAAAGACGCACCCUUGGCCAGCUACGGCCAAAGAGACUGUCCAGCUAUGACCAUGUGUAUGAACUGGGUAUUAACUGUUCUUAUUAAGAAGACAUUUAUGCCGUUUUUAAAUCUACGCUGUCAAUAUUCCUGAAAACAAAAAAAAACAAUGUAAUAUGUAUUUAUUUAUUUAAUUAUACUGCUGGCAAGUUUUGAUGCGAAGGGGAAAGGCCGCAGCUGAGUACUUAUUCAUAGCUAUGAGAAAAUUUUGUCAAAUGAAAUGACGGUAGAUGUUUACUUGAAUCAGUAGAGAUGUAAGGAUACGCAAGCUUUUCAUUUUUUUGCAAUGAAUAAUAUUUUUCUUUCUUGUAAAUAUUGCACUCAUCUAAAAUAACCAUAGGAGAUGGGAGAUGUUCAAUAAAAUUCGAUCUUUGUGUGAUGUUCAUGGA